AUUUUGGCCAAAGCCGAAAUACAAUGGUUAUUGGCGUCUUUCCGGCGGCCAAACUCGGUGUUUUGGCCAUCAAGCAGAUCAGCAAACCCAUUGCCAAUGUGCUCAAGUCGAAUGCCAAGUCCAGCCCCUUCUUCAGGAAGUACAUCUGCAUGCCGCCGGCCCAGUUCUACAAUUGGGUGGAGGUAAAGACCAAGAUGUGGGCCCUGAACAUGGGUGGGCGGAGUGUCAAUGUGCCGCCCCUGAACGAGGCCAUGGCCAUCGAGCUGGGUGCCAAUCUUCUCGGCGAGUUCAUAAUUUUCACUAUCGGCGCUGGUCUGCUGAUAUUUGAGUACUCGCGCCAAUCCAUAAAGGAAACCAAAAAGACCGAGGAAAUCCAAAUGGAGAAAAUGCAAAUGACGAAUACGCUGACGGAAAUUAACUUUCGUCUGGAGCGGCAGGAUGCACAAAUCCGUGAAAUGACGAGGGUCCUGGCAGAUUUAGAUUCGCGCAACAUUUUCCGAUGGAGCAAGGAGCGCCUGCAGGAGUACGUGCCCUUCGAUCCGAGCACACCGGAUCAGAGUGCCAGCGCGAGGAAUCCCAAGAAGUACGAGGGCGUCUACGAUCCCACGGGGGGCAUGGCGUUCAGGGCACUGAACCUUCUGGAAACCCAAGUCUUUGUCGAUGGUGGCAACCAAAAGGCCAAGGAGGCGCUCAGGCACAUCGAUGAAGUGGCCGAGCAGCUGGAGCAAUCGUUGGGCGAGGCAGCUGGCACUGUGAUGGCUGCACCGCCGGCGAGAGCGGUCGAGCAAUGACAUCCGCAACAACUGGAGCAGGAGCUGUCGCUGCUCAUGUAUGCCGUGGCCCUGGAGCAGUAGAGGAGAGCCAGAGCCAGAGCCAGAGCUGCCCACACUCAUGAUCAAAUCGCGUGUUACCAUUACGAACUAAGUCUAAGCUUAAAGUCAGUUGAUGAUUGUACAUUGCUAGUUGUAUUUAUUAAUUUUUAUUGUUACCAAAACAAAACUGAA